GUAAACACUGUGCCCUUGUUUAUCUGUUAUCUUUUCGCCUGCUCGCGAACGCCUACUCCUUAUCUAUUUCGAAAUUAUAUUACUUAAUCGCUCGCCGAACUUUCCUGCAUUUCUGGACCGGACCGGCCCGGCCGCGCGCUCCAUUUUCCUCGACGUUUGUUUAUUUUACGCCCCUUUCGGCGGCCGGUGCCCCCACGUUGCGAAUUCGUUUCGAUCGUCGGAUUUUUACGAAAAGUAGGUUUUCCUGCAUGGCUUGGCCGGAAAUGUUUGGUGACCGCUGCGUUUACACAACACCCAGUAACCAGCCAAGCUUCGGUGUUUACGUGUUGCCUAAUUAAUAAAAAGCACACAACAAAUAGCAACCCUUCAGACCUUGACUCUAAAACAGCAAAUCGAAAUGAAAUACAUCACGUAGCUUAGUACAUCCUGCAUGAUGUGUCUGUGAUAUUAACACGCCCUCGACUAAAUAAACAUGAAACUUGAACCCCAUGAUGAUGGUUAUGAAACCAGUGCUGAUAUGUUGCUUUCAAACACUGCCAGUGUUAAUCAUGAAGUGAAAUGUGAAAAACUCGAAGAUCCUUACAGUUUUAUUGACGAUGAUCCUAUUCCGAUGCUUCCUGCUGCACAAGGGCCUCCUCAUCUUAUCAGUCCCAUGCCCCCGCUCAACAACCAGCUAGUUCCAACAGGCCCCAAGAAAAGGGGGAGAAAAAAGAAAAUUAAACCAGACCAGCCGGACUAUAGCCAAGAUAUGAACGGUGGAAUUCCUCGGCCUAUUAAGGAAAGAAAAAAGCACGAUCGAUUUAAUGGGAUGCCCGAAGAGGAAGUAUCUAAACGAACAUUACCAGAUCAUCUAACCGAAAAUUUAGAUAUAAUCAUAAUUGGGAUAAAUCCGGGUCUAUUUGCGGCCUACAAAGGUCAUCACUACGCUGGUCCCGGAAAUCAUUUUUGGAAGUGUUUAUAUUUAUCAGGAUUAACUCAACAGCAAGUAUCAGCUGACGAAGAUUACAAAUUACUUCAAGUAGGGAUCGGCUUUACAAAUAUGGUACAGCGCGCAACUAAGGGUAGUGCAGAUUUAACUCGUAAAGAAAUUAAGGAGGGUAGUCAAAUAUUACUAGAAAAAUUACGGAAGUUUCGACCUAAAAUAGCCGUUUUUAACGGCAAACUGAUCUACGAGGUAUUCUCGGGGAAGAAGGAUUUCAAGUUUGGGCGACAACCGGACUUGGUAGACGGCACAAAUACGUACAUGUGGGUAAUGCCAUCAUCCAGCGCCAGAUGCGCACAGCUUCCAAGGGCGGCAGACAAAGUUCCAUUUUACGCGGCUUUAAAGAAAUUUCGCGAUUACCUGAAUGGCGUCAUAACAGAAAUCGACGAGUCAGAAAUGGUGUUUUCGGAGCCUCGGGUCAAAUCAUGCUACGAAGCCGAACCGAAACCCGAUCCAUAUGCCACCGAACUGACCGAUAUAAGCAACGCUGUGAUUAAAAAAGAAGAUGGUACGAUUGUACCUUGUAAGAAAAAACGGGGUCGGCCUAAAAAAAUAAAAGUGGAGGGUGAAGAGCCACCACCGAAGCCAGUUGUCCGCAAAACGCCACCAACUCAAAAUAACUGUGAUUUUCCCAAGAAGAAAAGAGGCCGGCCUAAAAAAGUCAAAGUGGAGAACAUGGACAUACCCCCACCGGACAACAAUACAUCGACCAACAUGACUCAAUGUUACUCGAAUCCGUCACCUAUCCAAUCACCGAACAACUUCUACCAGAUGGGGCCGGCACUCACCCCCCCGAACAGUGGGAGUAAUCUGUACGCCCCCCAGCCGCAAGGCUACACCCAGAGCCCCAGACCGCCCUACAGCCAGUCUCCCAGGCCCCCUUACAGCCAGUCGCCCCGCCCCCACUCUCAGCCCUUCACGCACUCGGACCUCAGUUCGGAGAUCAGCGCCGCGAUCAGCUCCGAGCAGCUGGGGUCACCGGCGUCCCCCAGCCUCGGUCCCCCCGAUUUCGAGCCCCCCACCAGCAUGGCGGAGGAGGCGGAGUGUCGCCUCAGCAGCCCCGCCCCCUCCUCCAACAGCGAGCAGCCCCACUACCCCUACCACUCGUACAACAUGGACCCCUCCCACGAGGCUCAGUACGCGUCGCCCCGGCAGCCCCAAGACAUAGCUUCCAAGAGUUUAUCCGGCUUGGAGUCCCUGGUAGAUCAGAUUCCGAGCAUAACCGACGGAGAGGCGCCCCUCAGCGAGGCGCCAGACCAAUAUUCCGGCCAGUUCAAUAACUACAACGUGUCGUCGAGAGCUAGUCCAGUCCCCUACAACUACCCCCCGUCUUCGGGGUACCCCCUGUACCCCACCCCCACCUGGAGCGGCCACUACGAGCCCAUGCCGCUGGCUUACCCGCAGCUGCCCUAUGCUCAAGGCUACGGCCCGGGCUUGCACGUGCCGAGCCCGAAUUACCCCUACUAUAGUUACCCCCAGCCUGCGCCGACACACCCGCCCGGCUACCCCCCCUACUUGGGCGGCUUCUGAUUGGUUUCCGUCACUGUGUAUUCAUGUUGUGUACCUGUACCAUAUGUUCAGCUAGUACCUAGCAAGUCUGUCCGCUUGAGUACAGUUGGUCACUUGCAUUUUGACAACAACAGAGACUUGCACAGGGUAAAUGGUGAUAUUUUUUUGUCAUAAGUAUUUUCUCUAAACUUUGAAUGUUAGAUAGGCCAAGGGUUUCGUGCAUUAUUCUACAUUCAGAUCUCAGUCGAGUGUGUGUGUGUGUUAACUCUGAGUGUGUGGUUCAUCGUUAUAGCUGUAGCCCAUGUCAUUCAUUUAAAUAAACAUUUGUUAUAGCUCUUCA